CCGGCUUCCAUGACUUCUCACACGACGACGACCAACAUUCAGACGCCCUUGUUUCAUCAGGAGCUACCUUCAACGUCUGAUGUGACGUUAUCAAAACGCAUCUCUACAUCCCGGAUUCCGUUUCCACCGUUGUCGUCCUACAGCUUAUUUAAUAUGCCAGAGCCAUUCUCAUGGACACCAACAACAUCGUUGCCGCCGCCUCCUCUCCAGGCGCACACUGGCUCUUCUGCCCGGGUGCCCUCUCAUAAGCCUGUGUUUUCUGGUCCCACAUGGAUGUGCCAUCCAAGUCUCACUGGUUUUAACCAGUCCUCCUUCCUGCGGCCAUCAAGCUCCACGUUUCAGGUAGAACUUGAAGGUUGCUACCACCGCCUAUUGCUUUGGGGAGAUCAAAGGAAGAAGACUUGGUUCAUGCUGCUUCCGUUCCUGUUUUGAAAACAAUAUGAAUGAUGCUCAUGGAUAUUAUUUUUGAAUUAUUAUUUAAGGGCUUGUACGCCUAAGUUUGCCAAGUGUGGCUUGAACACUUGUAUUAAUAUUUCCGCUGUUUUAAUGAAUGUUUUACAUUAUGUUUGUUUAUGGAUGUACU